GAUGUAGUUACGCAAAACAAUCGUAGUCUCAACCAUAGUUUGCAGCGUAACGUUAUAGAUCAAACAAAAUUUAGGAAAAAAAUUGACCGGAUAAAUUGCACAAGAUGACAUUGUUUUAUUUAGCUAUCUGUGCAUGUAUUGCACUCCUGUGUUCAGACGUAUCAUGCCAGAACACAUGCCCACCCAUGGAACUGAACUUCAUUCUGGACCAAUCAGAGAACGCACGUUACGCUGCCUCAGAAGAUCCCCAGAACCCAAACUCGAAGUUUGACAUACUGGAAAACCAAAUGAGAACCAUCUUAAGCUAUCAGCCUCUGAAUAAUCCAGUAGUGAAGGUUGGAGUGUACGGAUACAGUGGGUACGACUCUAAGGAAAUAGUUCCGGAAAUGACGUCUGCCACCGAUGCUGCUUACAAUUCAAUAUACUUGAGCAAACUUCGCAGUUUAACUAAUUCAGGUUCUUGGACGUACAAUGGAUUGAAGACUAUUGUUCGUCGACCUUACUCCCCCAACGCUGGAGUCGUCAUAUUGGUGUCAUCGCAAGGUUCCAGUUCUGUGACAAGAAGAAAUCUGAGCAGACAAGAGGCUAUCAGAGUGCGAGGCUUGGGCUGGAGAAUCUUCGUUAUUGAAGUUGUGGGAAACAACCCAAUCGACUACGACGAGUUAUUGUUCAUAGACUCCAACAAUGUCAACAGAACUAUCUACGACGGCCUGGUCAUCCCGAAGAGCUACAGACUUCUGUCCAGAAAGGUCACGGAAAUUAUUGACGAGCUCUGCCCUCCUUUGGUGAUCACAUCAACAACAACAACGACAACUACAACUACAACCACUACAACAACACCUCGUCCAACACAACCAGGCAUCUGCAAUGACUGCAUGUACAUAGGAGGCUUCAGUUUCGUCGACGACCCCAAGUACUGUGAUACAUUCUAUCAGUGUAUAAAAGAUUCAGAGCCCAUACCAAAACAAUGUCCCUCCGGAACAUUCUGGGACGGGAACAUAUGCAACUUUAUCAGCCAGGUCCAGUGCCCCAAAGCCCAAUGUAACGCUAUAUUAGAGAACGCAAAGUAUCCCAGUGGCAGGUGUUGCAAUAAAUAUUUUGAAUGUCUGAACGGUAAACUUCAAGAAAAAGCAUGUCGCUUUGAUGAAUACUUUGAUGAGAACAUCAGAAGUUGUAGAUCUACAUUGAACACUGUAGCUGUGUGUGAGAAUACUGGCAGAUUCAGGUGUGAAGUGCCUGGGGUAAUUGGAGAUAAAGACUUUUCAAACCCAUGCCCUGGAUAUGCGGUAGACCCAACUGGAAACCCUUGCAGCUAUACUUUUAAUGGGGAAAACAUCACCACGCCCAUGGGUUCAAUGUGGGACCAGUCCAAGUGCACCCUCGACAGAGACGACGCUGAUGUUUGCGGUUUAAAGUUUCCAGACAGAGAUUUGGACCCAGCAUUAAAGUGUAGCGCUAAUUUCUUGGCGGAUUUCAACGGCGGUUCUACAGCUGUGUAUAGUCCCAGGGCAGGCACGAACAUUAAGGUGUACUCUUUGCAACGAGAGGUUCAGCUCACAGGAGACGCUCUGUUGUACACCUCCGCCAUGAGAGACCCCUACUUCUACUACUACCAUUACAACAAUAAAGAUCUCAACGUCAACACUGGCUUUAGAGUUCUAUUCAACUUACAGAAUCCGCAAAUCGGCCUGACGUACGACAUCCUGUCCAACAAUUUCUGCUUGCUGUGUCCAGAAACAAUCAAGUUCACCGUGACCUUGACAAGUGUGGGGGAACAAGUGGUCAGUGUCUUCUUUCAAACAGCUCUAGGAACCACAGUGCCAACUAACGCAGUCAUACGCAAGCAGAAUUCCAACACACUGCUUGAAUUGAUUGUCAUCUAUGGAGACGAUUCUGUCUAUGGAGUUGUUAGAGAAUUAACUCCUAUCUCUUAUACACGUCUUCAAACAGUCAACUUGACAAGAGUGAAUAAAGCUUCAGGAGCUCAUAUCGCCAUGAACAAAUGUGGUAUCCAGCUCGGCAGGGGACCUAAUUACCACUUCCUUGGUGUCAUCGACGAAUUUGCUGUGUACGAGAGAUGUCAAUCAAUAGACCAAAUUUUAUCCUAACCUCCACGUCUCAAUCUUAAAACUUAACUUACAGCUGUUGAAGGAAGGAGAGACCACGAAACAAAUAUUGCCUUUCAAUAAAACAAACUUUAAAACAAAA